AUGAAUGCUCCAGAGCCCCAUGAGCUCUUCUUCAUUCCAGAGGGUCAUUCCAAGGUCGAGGCUGUGGAGGACACCCGCCUCCCCAAUACGACGACAUACACGAUUUAUCGUGAAGACCAUACACUUGGAACGAUUUUGACAAGCGUUUUGCAGAAGCAAAAGACAACCUUAUUUGCAGCGUACAAGGUCCCGCAUCCGCUUGAACACAACAUCCAAAUAAGGAUCCAAACGACGCCGCAAUUUACCCCGCAAGCUGCAUUGAUAUCGGCCCUGGAAACCUCGAUCAGUGAGUGGAACAGCUUGGAUAAAAACUUUAUCACGGCAGUUGAAAACUUUAGAAAUAAUCCCCAGCAAGAGAAAAAUUUUCAUUAA